CGCAAUCCGAAAAAAAAAGGAGAAAUAAGAAAAAAAUGUAGAAAAAGUUAAGGAAAAAUAGAAAAUAAAAAGGAAAAAACAAGGUCUCCAACCACUCCACCUCCACCUCCCCCCCGCCUGUGCAAUGCAUGAAGUCUCCGUCAGAAUCUUCAUUGCCGACAAAUAUGCAAACCUUUGCCUUAGGUGGAAAAGGAUGACCAUUCAUCCAAUAGGGCGACGUCAUGCCCUGCGAGACUGCCUCUGAUCUCCUUUUUUCUGUGUGGGCUUGGUCAGUGCUUUUCACUGCCUCGUGUUUCGGCUUAGACGCGACGGUGGAUCUGGCGCCUGCGCCUGGGGCAUGGCCGACGACAUCAUAUUAAGGCACGACAUGUCUGCGCCUCCUGCUGCCUUUCUGACUGUAUCGUUCCCAUCAUGCCCAUCAUCGCCAACACUCCGGAAGCCCUUCUUGCUCGCACAGACUCCCUCGACCCGGCGACCACCUGCCAAGGGUUGACCAACAGCGGACGACCAUGCCGUCGCGCGCUCGCAGACCCGGCCGACCAGUACUGCUGGCAGCAUAAGGACCAAGCGGCCAGCGUCACCCCCAGCACCGCGUCUACUACGAAUCCCAAUAAGCCGCGCACCAGCAUCGAUACUCUGCUGGACCGAUUAGGAGUGCUCAACAUCAACAACGCGCCGCCGCCCGGGGCCUCCGAGAAGUGGCGCCCGCGACCCAAGCCCCAGAAAAGACAAAAGAAGCGCACGAUCUGCUGCUGCUUCGAAGUAAUCGAGGAGGAGGACAUCAGACCGCCCAGGCCCGUCUCAGCCCGGCCACCGUCGUCGCAACCGCCGCAGCCCAACCUGCUGUCGCCCGGCUACAACCAGACCCGACCAUCCGCGCAAACAUCCCACCACUCCUCCACCUCCUCGGGGAUCCCUGAGAACUGGAUCCCCACGAGCCUCACCGCGGAGACAACCUCCAUGCUCGAAGCCGAGCUCGACAAGCCCAUCUCCGAAGCCGACGAACCCGGCUACAUCUACAUGUUCUGGGUGACGCCCGUCGAUGGCAGCGACGGGACGACGCGCGAGCUGCCCCCACCGGCCGCAGAGGUCGCCAGCUCGCUGCUGCCGCCCAAGUCCUCCUCCACGCCGGCGGGGCGCGACCGCCGCAUCAGCGACGCAAUCCACACGGCGCGGGAUCUCCGCGCCUUGGCCUCAGCCCCGACAGCCACCAGCCCAGGCACCAUUCGACUGAAGAUUGGGCGGGCGAACAACGUCCAACGCAGACUGAAUGAAUGGUCCCGUCAGUGCAGCCACCACCUUACCCUGAUCAGGUACUACCCGUACACCCCGUCGACGCCGCAGCCGUCUCCGUCGCGGUUGGGGGGUGGCGGCCACGACAAUGAAGCCCUCGAGCCGGGCCGCAAGGUGCCGUACGUCCACCGUGUCGAGCGGCUGAUUCACCUGGAGCUGGCGGAUGUGCGGGUGCGCGAUAUGGGUAAGUGCUCGGACUGCGGCAGGGAGCAUAAGGAGUGGUUCGAGGUAACGGCGGAAAAGAGCUCGCUCAAGCGGGUGGAUGAUUGCAUCCGACGGUGGGUGAAAUGGGCAGAAGUGCAGGAGAAGCAGAGACGGUAGACGUAGCAAUGCCCGGGUGCGAGGUCAUUUGAGCUGCUUCAUUAUACCUUAACAG